AUGGAUCAUUCAAGCAGUGGGUUGCCGAGGGACAUCCCAUUCCAUUUAUUGGAAGAAAUUACAGAUGGCUUCUCAAAUGAGCGCAAACUUGGUAGUGGUGCGUUUGGAAAAGUCUAUAUGGGAGUGCAUAACAAUGGGGAGAAGAUUGCUGUGAAGAUGCUUUAUGAUAUGCCAGGACUUGAGGAGGAGCAAUUUCUGAAUGAGUUUCACAAUCUUGCAAGUCUCCAGCACCCAAAUAUAGUGCGACUUGUUGGCUAUUGCCAUGAAAUUCAGAACAAAUGUGUUGAGUACAAUGGAAGAUUAGUUUUUGCUGAAAGAAUUUGUAGGGCGCUCUGUUUCGAGUAUAUGCGUUAUGGAAGCCUUGACAAAUAUCUUUCUGGAGACAGAGACUACGAUUCGCAGAUCCUCACAAUUUUCUCACAGGUGUGCAGGUUGGUAGAGCGAAUGAGUAUUUCUGUGGAGCCAUUCCAAGUGCCACAGCUCGCAUUCAGCCGGGCCAUGUUGCAGCAGCGCCUCCAGGCCAUCAUCGAGGGCUCCAUUGAUGAAGCCUGGACAUGCGCCAUCUUCUGGCAGUCCUCCGUCGACGCCAUCACCGGCUCCUCAUGCCUCAGUUGGGAUGACGGCUACUACAAAGGCUGCGACAGAGAUGAAAAGGGUCCCAGCAAGCGCCAGCCUACCACCCCUGCGGUUCAGGCCGAGCAGGAGCAUCGCAAGCGCGUCUUACGCGAGCUCCACUCCCUAAUCUGCGGCAACGACCAAAAUGCCGCUUCCACUCCGACUCCUGCCUCCCAGGAGGAGGAAGUCAGCGACGAGCUAUGGUCCAACCUCACGUCCGUGAUGCAGUCCUUCGUGGACAUCUCAGGGGUGAGGGGUCAGGAGCAGCAGCACCGGAAGAACGUCCUCCGCGAGCUCAGCUCCCUUCUCUCGGGCUACCCUGCCGCCUGCGACCUUAACAAGGACCCUGACAUGGAGGAUGUCACCGACACCGAAUGGUUCUUCCUGGUCUCCAUGUCACAGUUCUUGCCCGCUAGUUCAAGCCUCCCGGGCAACGCGCUUCUCGCCGCCCGACCCAUAUGGAUCACCACUGCCCUCUCCGAUGCCCCCUGCCAACGGGCCUGCCAAGCCUAUACCUUUGGCCUCCGCACCAUGGUCUGUAUCCCCAUCGGCACCGGGGUGCUCGAGCUCGACUCCACCAACUUUAUCUUCCAGACCACAGAAAGCAUUCCCAGGAUCCUCUCGUUGUUUAAUCAGGCCACGACUGAGCUAUCCUACUAUAUCUGUUUAUUGCAAGAAUGCAAGAGGGAGACUACUAGUCUUCGGCUAGCUCGGGCAUCACAAGUGCUAGCAUGCACAGCCUUGGAGUCAGUCAAGUCAACGAUCAGUCCAUCUAUUCUUCACAAGUUUUUUCACCGUAUAACUGGCAGUGAAGCUAGCAAGCGUGCUUUCUUACCGAAAUCUACAGAUUUUGGCGUAUUGGAGGGCAUGCUACAAGAUCCCUGUGCGGCACCGAUGUGUCUGCCGAUGGAUUUUCUAAAGGCCAUCACGCAAGAUUUCUCCCAGGAGCGAGAAGUCGGAAGAGCUCCCUCCGCUUUCCCGCUGCAACCCCUUGCCUCAUGCCCUCACCCUCACCUCUCCGUCGCGCUCAAGUAUUGCAAUUAUGAGUUUGAACAUGGAAUUCUUCAAAAUGGUAAGGCAAUUGCUGUGAAGAAGCUUUCGGAGAUGCAGCUAGAAGAUGGUCCAUUUCAGAAUGAAGUUAUUUAUCUAAUUGGGUUGAUGCACAAGAUUAUUGUAAAACUUGUAGGCUAUUGUGCUGAAUCAUGGUGGGAGGCAACUCAAGUGGUUGAAAUUUGGAGGAACAACAUGGAAAAGGCACCAAAGUAUAUACCCCUGGAAAUAGAAAGUCGACAAGUAAAUACAUGCAUUGUAAUAGGACUAAACUGUGUUGAUUCUGACCCGAAGAAAAGGCCUUCUGCAUUGGAUAUACUUCAAAUGCUUAAUGCAGUAGGGAGUACAAAUAGGCAUACAUUGAUCAAAUAUCAGCAGUCUGUUCUCCUCUGCCAAAGGAAACAGAUGUUUAGGCAAUUUUACUCAGAGGUUAAUCGGUUUGGAAAUAUGUGUGUAGAUCCUUUGUUGCACAACUUGUUUAUGUAUUUCGACAGUCUGGCAGAUCAAGAGAUGAAAACUCUGAAAAAGGUGGUGAACGAAGAAUUGGUUUCCAAUAUGGAGUAUCUUACAAAGCUUGAAAAGUACACUUCGGAACUGCGUGGAAAAUUACUUGUGUGGGACAAGUGUGAAAAAGGAUUCCAAUACGAAUCGUUGCGGCAUUAUGGCAGUGGAAGAUCUAAACGUGAUCAAAGUAAUAUGAUUCAAACCAUGCGUCGUUCACUGAAGCACCAAAGAUCUGUUGCUAAGAACUUGGGAAAUAAAUCACUUUGGCCCAAGACGAUGGAAGAUAUUGUAGUGAAACUUGUAGACAUUGUGCAUGUCUUAAAUUUUGAGAUCAGAAGAGCUUUCUUGAAGAACCACGGAGAUCAAUCUGAUCAAUCUGUAGCGCCAGUGACCAACCUUCAUGAAACAUUAGGGUCUACUGGCCUUGCAUUGCAUUAUGCCAAUGUCAUUCUGCAGAUAAAUGUAUUGACGAUGAACGUAGCGGAGGUCAGAGCUGAGAUGGACAGAAUACUCCAGUGGCUUGUGCCAGUUGCAGAAUCCACAAAAUUGUACUACAAGAAUGGGGCAUUCGGUGAAUGGAUGAACAUGGUGAUGCCAGAGGAUAUAGUUGUCCAGGAACCACACUGGCCUGGAGAAGAACGUCAGACCAUCGCUGGUGCCUCUGCCAUUCAAAGGCAUGUGGUGAACAAGAUAGACAUUGUACCACGCUGA